AUGCACUAUAUCUUACAGUUUUUUACAGGCGAUAUUGGACGUGAAGACGACAAGGGCAAUAUGUUUAUCACUGACCGCUCAAAGGAUCUGACCAAGUUCAAGGGUUACCAGGUAGCACCAGCCGAGCUCGAGGAUCUGAUCCUGCGACACGAGGCUGUAAAAGACGCGGCUGUUCUUGGCAUUAUGAACCACAGACUUGCAAAUGAGGUUCCGUUAGCCAAUGUCAUAGUCAAUUCCGGCUACCCCGAGAAUUAA